GCUAUUGUAAAAAUGGCGACUGGAUUGUUCUUGUCUCGUUUCUUUGUCUCUUACUUCAGCUCUGCUUCUCACUCGAUCAGAGCUGAGCUGGAGAAGAGAGGGCUCAAGUUUACGACUGGCGUGACCUCUCUCAAAGUGUCUCCUUGUCCUCACUGCACGGCCCAAUCAAGCACUCUUUUCAUCCAACCUGACGGGAAAUGGGUCUGCACUCCCUGCAAGAAGUCAGGUACUAAGAAGGAUUUGUUUUCUUCUGAAGUGAAAGGCCAAGCCAAGGAAACCGCUCUAAAGAACAGACCCACUAAUGCCACCAUUAAAGCUAAUGGUCCUCUCAAGAUGGCUAAAAAUAUCAAACUUGGCAGCAUUAGCCCUACUUUAACUCCUAAGGGACUCAAGUUUAAUGGUACGAGUAAAGAUCCUGUCAUGAUGACUGCAGAUACUAAUGAUGAUGAUGAUGUUCUGUCUUCCACUUCUACACUACCCAGCCCACUCAAGUCACAAAAGGAGUCUAUUGUUUCUCUGCCAAUAAAUGAUAAAGUUAAAAAGUUAUUUGCUAUUGAGAAAUUAUCCACUGAUGUUAUUCAGAGAUACAGUGUGACAUUACACUUGGAUAAUGAAAAGAGCAGUCUCAUCUUCCCAUGGUAUUCUUAUUCUCUUUUAUCAAAUUUCAAUAGAACAGGAUCAAUUGAAAAUGGAGAAAUGGUAUUGACUCCAUCUGAUGGUGAGCUACCAUUGAAUCGGUCUGUAUUUGGAUGGCAUGACAUUAAGAGAACUGGGACCAAAGAGUUGAUUGUUACUGAUGCUGAAAUAGAUGCCAUGGCUGCCUUUCAAGGGUCUACACUUGACUCCAUUGCAAUGAACUUGAAGCCAUUUUCUGCACUACCUCCUCAACUGUUAAAAGAUCUGGAAGAGAUGGAUAAGAUAUUUAUAUGGCCUAGGGAUAGUUCUUCAUCUCUUGUCUCAGGGUUACCAAGAUUGUUAAACAAGCCUGUCUGCUGGACUAUCAAUGAGUUUACACAGGAUGGUAAACGCUUAUCUCCACUCGAUGCCUUAAAUAAUGGGUUGUCUUUCAGGACUAUAAUUGAUAGUGCUAAGCCAGCAUCUCACAAGGAAAUAUUAUACUUUCAUCAGCUCGAGAACAAUGUCUAUGAGGAAUUCCUGAAUACAGAGAAAGUAGCUGGAGUUAAAUGGAAAAGGUUUUCUAAGCUGACGGCAAUAUUGAAAGGAUUCAGACCAGGAGAAUUGACAAUAUUUACUGGGCCCACUGGGAGUGGUAAAACAACUUUUAUGAGUGAAAUGUCAUUGGACCUUUGCCAACAAGGGGUUUCAACUCUUUGGGGAAGUUUUGAAUUAUCAAAUGUUCGAUUAAUAAAGACCAUGAUGAAACAAUUUUCAGGCGUAAAUUUUGACGAUCAUUUAAAUGAAUACCAAAGUUAUGCUGAGAAAUUUCGAACUCUUCCAAUGCAUUUCAUGAAGUUUCACGGUCAAACAGAGCUGACGAAAGUUAUAGAGGCAAUGACUCAUGGAGUGAUGGUCAAUGGUAUUCAGCAUAUUAUCAUUGAUAACUUACAGUUUAUGAUUGGAAUGAAAUCCAAAUGCUUCGAAGACAGUUUUCAUGCACAGAAUGCGGUUUUUGCAGAGUUUAGACACUUUGCUACUGAGCACAAUGUUCACAUUACUGUCAUUAUUCAUCCUCGCAAGGAAGAUCCAGAUAGACCAUUGAAGACGUCUUCUUUCUUUGGAACAGCAAAGGCAACCCAAGAGGCUGAUAAUAUUCUAAUACUUCAAUCGAUAGGUCGUGAUAAAUUCCUACAAAUUACUAAAAACAGAUUUUCUGGGAACUUGGGGAACAUUAAAAUGCUUUUUGACACUAAUUCGUUGACAUAUUCUGGAAUGUUUAAAAAGGUAGCAACAAGCCCUGUAGUUGGGGACAUCAGCAAAAGCUCAUUUGUAAAGAAACAAGAGGAGCCAUUGGCACACAAUGUAGUUAAUAACCAUGUUAAGCUUCCAACUGGUAUUAUGAAGCCUACUCCUUUUAAACCAAUCAUCAUCAAUAAGUAUUGACCGCCGCUUUUGUUCAAUGAAAAAUUUUUACUGAGAUAAAUUAAUAAUUGUAAAUAGCACAAGUUAAAACUAUUUAUAGUUAAGAAUAACUGUCCAAUUUAAUCAAUCAUUCAUUUUAUUAAUAACUUGUUUAUUUUUAAAAUAAAAUAAAAGUUAUUCAGAAUGCCAAUGAUAAUCACCAACUGAUGCAGCCAGUGUACAAAGCAAACAAAAGAGCCAGAAUUAAUUAUUUCUUUUUUGACAUUUCCUUCAGAACGUC